AUGACGAACCCUAGCCAACUAUUCCUACUCGCCGAUCACAUCAAAUUAUCCCUGCUGGAACGCGAACGUGCCAUCUCGUUAGACCUCGAGCCCAAUUCUCAAGAUGGAGAGAUCUCUCGCUCCCUCGACUCCCUCCGAGAGGGCAUAGAGAAAGUGGAAGCUGAGCAAAUUCGGCUAGCCAACUCGCAUGACAGUGCAGGCGCCGCCGCUCUAAAAGACCAACUGAGCCCCCUCCAAGCCCAAUACCAAGACCUGUCGACCCAGUUCUACGGCACAGACGGCGCACCCACAGACGACAUCACGGCGCAGGCGUCGAUUUCCGCAACCCCCGAUCUCAAACAGCCCAUUCCUCAACACCCACCUUCCAAAUCCGUCCGUUUCAUGGACAGCUCCGCCGCAGCGGCAGCGGUACAAGAGGAAAUCGAUGAAGAAGACGAACGAAACCGCAGCAACCUCUUUCGCCCGUAUCGCGAUGAGCCAUCACCGCCACGACCGGACCAGUCCGGAAUGGACAACCAGCAAAUCUACGACCACCACGCUCAGACCAUGCGCGAACAAGACGACCAGUUAGACCGCCUCGGCGAAUCCAUUGGCAGACAGCACCAGCUGAGUAUCCAGAUUGGCGACGAACUGGAUGGCCAUAUACAACUUCUGGAUGGAAUGGAUGGGGAUGUCGAGCGUCACCAGACUCGACUUGACGGCGCGAGACGGCGGAUAGAUAGGAUCCGUCGCAAGGCGGGUGAAAACUGGAGCAUGAUGACUAUCAUCGGAUUGAUCAUUGUCCUGGUGAUCUUGAUUGUGAUACUGAAAUGA